AGUCGAUGGUCGGCCGGGAACGAUCAAUCAGAUGCUGCACGUGUUUCAUCUAGAUGGGGGUCGUAUGCACAACUUCGACGUCAGUCUGUCGACCGAGACCGUUUUAGCACUGCAGACCGAAUUCUCGAAGGUGACUCGCGUUCCCGUUGCCGAGCAAAUACUUUUGGUCAGCGGCGGAGAGAUCCUUCUCUCCAAACGGCCUCUCAGCAGCUACACCGGCGCUGGCACCGAAUCGAAUCCGAUUUUCCUCAUCGCAAAGUCUGCCGUCGUCACACCGUCUUCCGACGCCUCUUCUCUGACUCAGUCGGACUACAAGGACGAAUUGCAUCAGCUUCUGAAGAAUGCAGAGGAAGUUGAGAAGGAAGUUGAGCAGUGGAUUGGCCGUGCGCCCUCGUUCACAUUCUUGCAGUGCUUCGCGAGUACGGCGAAGAAAAUCGAGCGCAGUUGCCAGGAGUUGGUCAGCGCCUGCAGUCAGAUGGUGAACGAGCAGCAUUUGUUGCACCAGGGUUGGUGCUCGGUGGUUGCAAACCUGGAGGACACAUUUGCCGCGUUUUUUCAACACGUGGAACGGUUCCGACAUAAGCACAUCAAAUCACUGCAGUACAGACGAGAGGCACGAAAUAUCCUCAUCCACUUCGACGAUGAUAUUCAACUACUUAAAAAGGUACCGCUACUACCGUGCCUCGUGAAUUCGAUCGACCUCGCCUCCUCUUCGUCGGCUUCGGUGUCUUUGUCUUCAUCGUCGAUCGCCGUUCCACCACGUGCACAUCUACCGGGUCAACCGCUGACCCUAUUCGAUUGGAUCAGUAGCAAGGAGUCAGAGCACAGUCUGCUAGAAUUCGCCGACGACGUCCGCAGUGUAAUCGAUGAAGACUCGGAUUCACAGGUAAUCGGCUGCAUCGAGCGCUGGCACGAAUACAUCAAGGAGCGAGCCGGCGCCGUAGACAUGAAAGAGAUCCGCGGACUCGGCCAGCGACUCGUCUCACUUAAUGAGUUUCUGCAAAGCAUUCUGAAAACGAAGGAUGCGCAGUCGGAGUACCGCGAAUACGUGACCAAGCAGGAACAGCGGGUGAUGAGUUGUGGAGACAAGACGGUGCUGGACGAUGUGUGUAGUAGCGUGACGCAGGCACUGCACGAGAUGUCCAUGAACCAAAAGCGCAUCCUGGAUUUUUUGAAACGCUUCUACAAGGCUAAGUUGGAGCUGCUGGAGAGUAUUCGACGUCGUCUGGCUUGGGUGUUGGACACACACAAAGAGAUUCAGAUCGUUGACACUAAGAUCAUGCUUUACAGCGAACGAGUGUAUAAACUUCGUCGUCAGUUCGAGCUACUGAAACAACUACACGAGGCUUCAGCGUUAUACAUGAUGGCAGCCGGCGAGGUGGUACGUCGCCGUAACUUCAGCCAAGAGUACACCAGUUGGGCGACGCGUCUGAUGCAGGCUGCGACGCAGGUUCGCGAGGAAGAGUUGCAACGCCGGAAAUGGUUUGGCCGUAGGCUGCAGCGUCAUUUCUUAAAGUCGUUAUUUCCAGGUAUUAAAUGAUG